AUGAUAUUCAUGAAGCUACGCGAUAUAAAACAGCUUACCCAGACACAGCAGGAGCCAAGCCAGGCAGUAGUGUCCACUGGUGAGCACCUGGUUGAAGAUGCUCAUUAUUUAAGGAGAAAAGUAAAAGGAAGAACUAUAGAUGUCCAUCCAACUGAGAAGGCUCUUGUUGUUAACUAUGAAGUGGAAGCCACCAUACUUUGGGAGACAGGAGAUCCAAUGCUUGAGGAACGUAAAGAGAGUCAAAAGAUAAUCCGUCUCAAAAGCUUGAAUGCUAACACAGACAUUGCCUCUCUAGCAAAGAAGGUGGUGGAGGAGUGCAAACUAAUCCACCCCUCUAAAGUGGCUGAAGUUGAACACUUGUUAUAUUACCUACAAAAAAGACCAGAUACAGUUAGUAAAAAGGUGAAGAAAGAAGAGAAACUUAGUCACCCCAAUGGACCACCUCCAUUUGAAGGUAUGGAGACUGAUGAGGUCGCCACCAUCAAUGAUAUGGAUGACUAUAUUGAUUUGCUCUAUGAGGACAAAGCAGAAAAAGUAAGAGGAUCUGCCCUAAUCCUGCAACUUGCACGAAACCCAGACAACCUUGAGGAACUUCUGCAGAACAAAACUGCACUAGGUGCCCUCGCCCGUGUUCUACGAGAAGACUGGCAGAAAAGUGUUGAGCUUUCCACCAAUAUUAUCUUUAUCUUCUUCUGCUUUUCAAGCUUUUCACAGUUCCAUGAUUUGCUCACACACUACAAAAUAGGUGCAUUGUGCACAAUCAUCAUUGAUCAUGAACUCAAAAGGUAUGACUUGUGGCAGGAAGAGUUACUGAAAAAGAAAAAAGCCAUUGAAGAUGACCCGACCAAUCAAAGUUUAAAAAAAGAGUAUAAGAAGACGUAUAAGAAGUAUCAAGGGCUUGUAGCAAGGCAGGAACAGUUGUUACGAGUUGCUUUUUAUCUGCUUUUGAACUUGGCUGAAGUUCCUCGCACUGAGCUAAAGAUGAGGAACAAAAAAAUUGUACCCAUGUUGGUCAAAACUCUAGAGAGGAAUAAUGUAGAACUUCUCAUCCUUGUGGUUGCCUUCCUAAAGAAGCUCAGUAUUUUUAUGGAGAACAAAAAUGAUAUGUCAGAAAUGGACAUCAUUAAAAAAUUGGAAAAACUGAUUCCUUUUGACAAUGAGGACUUGCUGAAUAUUAGCCUUCGUCUCCUCCUCAAUCUAUCAUUUGAUACCGGUCUACGAAGCAGGAUGGUACAAGUUGGCUUACUUCCAAAACUGACUGCACUUGUAACAAAUGAAAAUCACAAACAGGUAACAUUGUGUAUACUUUAUCACAUCAGCAUGGAUGAUCAAUUUAAACUUAUGUUCGCCUAUGCCAAUUGCAUUCCACAGUUUAUGAAUAUGUUAUCUGAGUGUGUUGAAGAACAGAUUGACUUAGAACUAAUUUCACUUUUCAUCAAUCUAGCAGCCAACAAAAGAAAUGCUCAAUUAAUUUGUGAAGGCAGUGGUCUUGAGACACUUCUGAAAAGAGCUUUGAAGUGUAAAGAUCCACUUUUAAUGAAAAUGAUCCGAAAUAUUUCUCAGCACGACAAUGCAACUAAAUGUUUGUUCACAGAGUACAUUGGAGAUCUGGCAGCUCAAAUUAGAUAUGAGGAGGAAGAGGAGUUUCUGAUUGAAUGCUUGGGGACUUUGGCUAAUCUCACAAUUUCAGAAAUGAAUUGGGAACUUGUCUUGACAAAGUACAACUUGAUUCCAUUCUUCAAACAUCAUCUGAAACCAGGCCUUGCUGAGGACGACAUGAUUCUAGAAGUGGUGAUAAUGAUUGGAACUGUGUCACUGGAUCCAUGCUGUGCUUCAAUGCUUGCCAAAUCAGGUAUCAUUCCAGCUCUCAUUGAAUUACUGAAUGCUCAGCAAGAGGAUGACGAGUUUGUCUGUCAGAUUGUCUAUGUUUUCUAUCAGAUGGUCUUUCAUCAAGAAACAAGAGACGUGAUCAUUCAGGAGACCCAAGUUCCAGCCUACCUCAUUGAUCUGAUGCAUGACAAGAAUUCUGAAGUGAGAAAGGUUUGUGACAACACCUUGGAGAUAAUAGCAGAGCAUGAUGAAGAAUGGGGAAAAAAGAUCCAGAGUGAAAAGUUCCGCUGGCACAACUCUCAAUGGUUGAUGAUGGUGGAAAACCAACAAAUGGAUGAGAUGGAGCCUUAUUUGUAUGGAGAGGAUGAUGAUGACAUUGAGCCCUUCAUUCAUGGAGAAGACAUACUGGAAAGACCAGAUAUAUUUUAUUCUGCUGAUGAAAUGAUUCCAUCUGAAAGAACCAAAAGUCCAAAUUCCUUUAACAAUUAUUGUGCAGAAUGGAAAUAUGGUGGGAGCAACAUUCCCUUACUGGAAGCCUUGGAAUGGAUAGAGUUGGUUGGCCAACAGCAGUUCCUUAAUGCUGAGCCACAGCAAAUUUCCACAGACCCAAUAAGCCUUUAUACGUUAGAAAUGGUGGCAGACAAGUUGAUGAACCAGGAAGCCUACAGACCAUUUACGCCCCACUGAGAGGAGCUACAACCAUGGACUUGCAUCACACAACUAGGCCAGUAUCCCUCUACUUAAGCGUGCUAGUGGAUGCUUUGCCAUUCAGUGAUUUUUGUUUAAAGCUGUGCUGACUAUUAAGGUGUGUAAAGGGGGAUUGUGGAAAAAAUUUACACAAUCUAGCUAUUGUGCAAAAUACUUUUUCACUAUUUAAGAGAGGUGGGUCAAAUCCAAGUGGAGGAUAAAUGAUCAAGAAGUUUAUACCAAGCUUGAUUUCACACAAGACAGGGUUUCAAAGUCAGAGGUAUGCAAAAUGACUUGGAAGUAACCAUCUAAACAACAAUAAGCACUUGUAUGUAUCUAACAUAAAGUUCACUUGAUGCUACAGCAUAUUAGAAAUGCAGUCCAGAUGUAUUUUUUUGUAAGUUUAUAAUUGAAAAUCACAGCUUUGUGAUCAAAUUCUGAUUCCCAUAUAUCUGCCUGGUGACUACUGUAACAAUAUUUGGGACAAUUUGACCCAAUCAUUAAGUAAGUAAAACCACUGAAUGUUGACUGCACAGGGAAUAAUAUCUAUGGUACCUUUUAAUUAUUUAACUGUUUUGUAUUUUGCGCCACCCUCUGGAGCUUGAAUUUGAUCCCUUUGGGGAUCAACUCCAGUUAAAUUACAAGAUUCGUGUGUGUGUGGCAAAAAACAGACAAACCCCAAAACAGUUUUGCCUUCGUCUCUGCCUCCUCAGCUUAAUGCUUC